AUGACUCUCUACUACAGUCUUGUCUUCUGCCUUUUGGUAUUUGAGAUGGCGGUCUUCAUGGGCCUCAUCGUCCCUCUUCCGUUCACGGUCAAGAGGAAGCUCUUCGCCUUCAUCUCAGAAAGUCCUAUAGUGGCCAAAUUACAAUAUGGGCUGAAGAUAACAUUUAUUUUCAUCCUCAUUCUUUUCAUCGACAGCGUCAACCGCGUCUACCGCGUGCAGCUGGAGUUGGCUUCCUUCAAGGAGGGCGGUCCUAUGGGAGCUGCCGCCCUUGGCACCGACCGCAUGGAAGUCCAGGCCCGCAAGUUCUACUCGCAGCGCAACAUGUAUCUUUGCGGCUUCACUCUCUUCCUGUCUCUCAUCCUCAACCGCACCUACACCAUGAUCCUGGAGGUUCUCCGCCUGGAGGACCGCGUCAAGCUCCUCGAGGGCGACAAGCGCGCCGGCGGCAAGGACUCCGCUCGGAUCGCCCAGGCCGGCGACGUCGGCGAGAUCGGCCGUCUCAAGCAGGAGCUCGAGGCCAGGGACCGCGACAUCGAGACCCUGAAGAAGCAGUGCGAGGGUCUCACUGCCGAGUACCACAAGCUGGGUGACCAGGUCUCUGGCACCAAGGAUGCCGCUCCCAAGAAGGAUCUGUAA